AGGGAGAGGGAGAGAGAGGCAAAUGGGGAAGGCCUCUGUGUCACUUAGACUGACACUUCUCUUCUCCUUCUCUCUCACAGCUUCCUACUCCUCCUUCACAAUCACACCCUCUUCUUCUCUCAAACAAUCUCCACCAUCUCCCAAAGCCACCCCUUCAGACCUUCUCUCUCUGCUGGGCCCCAAAUCCCAGUCUUCAUCCGUUGAUCCCCUCCUGGCCCACCAACUCACUUCCUGCUUCAAGUUCCUCGUACCCUUUACUCCCAAAGUCCCGGAGAAGUUUCCCGGUAGAAAAUUCUUGACGUUGAAGCAAAAGGGUCAACGAGGAGCGGAGGAGGAUGAGCUUGUUUGGUGGCCCCCACAGCCGGUUUUGGACCUGGCCCGCCUUGCCGUUGACUCCGGCGGAGACCCGGCUGCUAUUCACCGGGCUUUGGAUCCGACAAUGAUCACUGUACCUGAUGUUGAAGGAUGCGAAGAAAACCGAUGUCAGCUUACCAGAACUCCAUACGGCAGACAUUUCAUUAGUGAGGAGUUGAAUUCAUAUCUUGAAUUUUUAUUUGAACUUAUUCGUUCCCGCGGUCCCACUGUUGGGUUGAAUGUGUCGUUGAGUCGCUAUGAUUUGUUCCAUGGCCACCUAUUUCUUGCCUUAGAAACCGGAAGACUUGGUAUAUUGUUUCAUGCGAAAGAAUACCCUGCAUAUGAUAAAGAAGUAUUUCCAUACAACAUGGGUUACUGUCAAAUAGGGUCUAAUGUGACGUAUGAUGACUCAAUGAACCUGCGAAAUAUCCUCUGGCUAGCUCCAUUGCCAAGCAAUUCAGCCAAAGGCUGGGAAGCACCAGGUGUCCUGGUGGUGCUGGAUGCCCGUCCAGAUGGAAUCAUUUACAGAGAUCUAAUACCAGAAUAUGUAAAUUUUGCAAGGACCAUAUAUGAAGACGAUCUCGGGGAGGUUGCAGUUGAUGUCAACUAUUUGGCUGUGGGAAAUCCAGGGUCGAAGUUUCAACUUUUCAUUUGCUGAUGCUCAGUCCGAAGUAGCCAUAUUUGCAGAUUAUGCUAUCGUGGAUCAACCUGAAAUGAGAUAUUUGCCGAAAUCAAAUUGGAAUUAUGGAAGCGGGGUGAUUCCUCCGGUAAUCGGUAUGAUUGCAGAAGGUGAGAGAUCAUUUGUUUUGCUUUCACUGGUGGCAGAUAGCAUUUGCGAGUCUUGGCUCGUGUGGCUCUGCUACUUCUUAGGUGUGGAGCACAGCCUGAUCAUUUAUGUAACUCAACUGACUGUUGCUAAACAUUAUAUCUUCCCAUAUUGUAAUAAGGAUCACAUUAUAUCUUCCCAUAUUGUAAUAAGGAUCUGAUGGGAUAUACAAAGCAGAGCUAAGAUUAAGCAUGUCUUCUACAAAAUGAACAUAACAAUUUCAGGGUACACUUCAACU